ACUACAGAGAGUUUUAUGAUCUGCUUAACAGUCAAGGCUUUUUUUAAGCUCAGCUUAAACAAACACUUAAAAAUUCAAGGUAAAAGCACUGUGAUGGUGAUAAGAGAUUUUAGUUUGACAUUUGAACCUCAAAGUAAGGUUAGGACUUCAGAUAGUGGGAACUGAUAUAUCUCUGGUGAUCUCAAGAGGGUUUGUUUGCAGGACCUUGUUCCCUCCCCGAUACUUGUCCUGAUACCUACUUAGGUUCCUGGGUACCCCAUUCCCACCUGUGUCCCUGCGCCAGCUCUCACGCUGCAUCCCAGCAGCGGCUCCCACACUUUCCAACUCCAAACCUGGCCAGGUGAGUCAAACCUGCCCCUGUUGCUGAGGCCUCACCUCACAGCCUUGUGCUCGCUGCUUAAGAUACAAAUGAUUGGUGCGGUGGUUUUCAUAUAACAACUUAAUAGUUAUAAUACUUGUCUCAGAAGUGGUCGAACAUGGGUUUGGGUCCUUCUUCUCCCAAAGGAUAUUCAAAUCCACCUGUCCCUUCCCAGGCUGUAGGCAACCUCUCAGCCCUUCCUAUUGAAGUUGUGCCACGGUGCGGAGAAGGAUUCGCAGAGCCGGAGAGGAGAAGCAAGUGGGAGCCUGACUGUGGUGUACCGGCUGGGACCUCCCCUGAAGGGUGGUGGGGAGCAGGUAUCUGGCAGCAUUCCCAAGGCUGCUGACUACAAGCUUUGCAUUGAAACAUCAAAACCAGCCCUGGAGGCAGAGUCCAAACCCAGCACCCAUCUCCAUAGGGAGAGGUUGCAACCACCUUGCCCUGGCAGCGGGUGCUGUUUUUGUGCCACCCCAACCACUCCCUCUUCCUCCAGCCACGUCUUUAAAUGGAAGCUGGAGCGGCUGCUCCGGUGUACCGAUGCCAGAGCUGUGUUGAGGAGCGUUAGAUGUGCUCACGGCUUCCCAACACAAGUGGGGUUUCACGAGUGUAUGUGCUAACAGGUUCAGCUUGGCCAAAAUGGUUGGAUCUCAGCAUGGAGGAAGAAAAGCUUGAGACACCAAGUUCUGCUCCGGGCCGGUGAUGUGCUGCGAGGACUCCUGCGCUGACUUCAAGGCUCAUGGAGGAUCUUCUGUUCCUAGGCCAGCAGGUCAGUCAGCAAUGGCUGCAGCAGAAAUUCCCAGUUACAUUGUCUCUUCUCAGACUGAGAAACACAGGAGGGCCAGAAACUGGACUGAUGCAGAAAUGAGAGGUUUAAUGCUGGUUUGGGAAGAAUUUUUUGAUGAGCUGAAACAAACUAAAAGGAAUGCCAAAGUUUAUGAGAAAAUGGCUAACAAACUCUUUGAAAUGACUGGAGAAAUUCGCCACGGAGAGGAAAUAAAGAUAAAAAUUACAAAUAUGACUUUCCAGUACAGGAAAUUAAAAUGCAUGACUGACAGUGAAACUGUUGCACCUGACUGGCCUUACUACAAAACCAUCGAUAGGAUCUUAUCCAAAGUGACAGACCACAGCGAUGUGAAAAUGCAUGAAAACCAGCAACCAGGUCCUUCCACAUCACAGACGGAGGCCUCACAGUCUCCAUCAGCCAAGUCUACACCUCUGUAUUUGCCAUAUAACCAGUUUACAUAUGAAGGAAGGGAAGAGUGCUUUGAAGAUGAACACUCAGAGAGUUCGUCAAGCUUACUUUCUUACAAGCUGAGAGCUGAAGAAAGACCAGUUAAGAAAAGAAAAAUGCAAAGCUGCAGUUUCCAAAAGAAGAAGCUAAAAUUAAUGGAAGCCAUGUUGGAAGAACAGAAGAAGUUGAGUAGAGCUAUGGAAGAAACGUGUAGAGAAGUGCGCAGGAUUCUGGAUCAGCAAAACAUCAUUCAAGUUCAAAGCUUACAGUUACAGGAGAGAAUGAUGAAUCUACUGGAAAAAAUGAUCUCCAAAUCUAAUGUGUAGUUUGCUUUGUGAAUGCCUCUGAGAUUAUUAUUGAUAUAAUAGAUAUCCCCUUACUGCACACCGUAUGUGUGUCUGUUGCCCUAUUCCCAGGUUUUCCAUGGAAAUUAAAACCCUAGUGUAAUCUUAGUUAAGCAAAGAGAACAGAUAUUGCAGAAUGAGAGCUAUACAGUAUGAUAAAAUUAGUGCAAUAUAUGCCUAAGUUGAAUUAUUUUUAUACAGAAAGGUUAAGGGAUGAAUAGCUCUGGGAACUUCAGUACUAUUUAUGCCUAGGUCAGGUACUGUUAUACAGACAGUGGUGUUGUACAUUGAUUCACAUCAAGGACUAUAGCUUGACCUGUUGUAGAACAAAAUACUGCAUUUCUAAACAUGGUAAUUGCAUCUUGACUUUGCUGAUGAUUAAACCCUGUUUUGAAACAAAUAUUGUACAAGUGACCUAUGGCUCUUGUGAAGAGCUAGUUAGGACCAUGAGGUACAUAAUUUUAAACUCCCUGCCUGAUAUUAAUAGUACUCUAAAGUAUUAGGUUAAAAAUAGUCUAUUCAAAUACACUUUUGAUAUAAAAAGAAACCCCUCAAACCACCUAACUAUAUACUGAAUACUAAAAUGUAUAGAAGAUACUUGAAAUUGCUUUUGAUAUUAAAUGUUUAAUUUUUUUCAUUAUUAACUGGAAUCUGUUGACUUAAAGAACAACCAGCAAUGAAAAUUCUCAUUUAUUCUCUAUUACAAAAGAAAAAUAUUGUACUGUGUGUAUAUACAUAAAUAUAUAUAAUCUAUCAAAUGAAAUAAAGAAAAAGAAGAAACUUA